AUGCACGAUCGUUCGAACGAUCGUGCCGCGUUUGCGUUCACGCAGCUUGAGAACGAACGUUCGACUCGUUAUUUUCGUGACGAGCUGGCUGUAGCUCGUCGAGACAUCGCUGGACUGCGUGAACAGGUCGCUUCGCUAGUCGACCAGACUGGCUCGUUGAAACGGGACCACUCGUAG